UUGAAUAUAAGAACUUCUAUUAUCACUCUACUAGGCUGCAUAAGCAUGGAUCUCAGCGUCUGAUCCUCCAGGAUGUACACGAAACGGCUUGAGAAGUAUUGUUCACGUCAGCUUCCCGUUUGUGUCAUCCUACCGGACCCGUUAUAAGGAACUUAUCGCCUUAGGAGGCGAUUGCUAAGUUAAGCCUUAAGCCGUGACUAACAGGGGUAAUCAUCCCAUUCCACACCGACCGCAGGCAACACCAUACAUUAUUGAAUUGCGAGACAAGAACGGUUCUCAGCAUCCCAUGUAUUCUUCUAUCACAGAUCUUAUGUAUAGAAAAACUCAAUGACGUCCCACGACAUGCCCAACUGGAUCAGGAUCCUUCUCCUUAUCCUGACAUACGUCUCUUUUGUCCCGCAGCUCUGUCAUCUCGCCCGUCGCCGAGGCAAUGCUUCGGGAAUCAACCUGGGUUAUGUUCUCAUCAAUCUCGUGGCGGCCACAGAGCUGUUCACUCUUAUCCUUCUCAUCGCGCUGGAGUUCCCGCUCGAAGCCGGCAGCUGGAUUGAUUUCGUCAAUCUCGCCAUUAUAUGGAUCUUGUGGCUUGCUAUCUUCCUCAUCUGCAUCAUGCAUCAUUGGCACGAAAAUUGCCCUUCAACGUCACACUUCAUUGCUUUUUACGCAUUCUUACUCAUUAUAUCGGUUAUGCCUAUCAUAUUGGACGCCAUAGUGAAAUCUGAUCCAAAUUACGAACCGUCAUUUACAGAGGCUGUCUACAUAGCCAUUUAUUUUAUUGUUCACAUAUACAUCAUCAUACCCAUAAUCAUUAUCCUUUCCUUUGUCGCCUACUUCUUGCAGGCCCGCCAGAUUAUGGCGAGGCCUCCCGAAUCCAGCGCUGACGCGCUUAGUGUGGUGGGUGUCGCAUUUCAGGUGGUUGUGUUUAGUGUUCUGGCAGCAACGUGGUACCCUGGCCGACUCAAUUCUGGGUCGUCGAAAUCUACAGUGCUGGAUUGGCGUAUUUUUGGCGGAUGCAUACCCAUUAAUCAUGCAGUCUUUGCUGUUGAGCAAGCUCUAGUUCUAAUCACUUUAUGGUGUCGCAGACGGGGUGAGCGGCGUGGAAAUGCGAACCUCCCUGACGAGACUCAACCGCUGAUUGGUAGCCAGCAGGUGUUGUCAUCGUAGGGAAAAUUCAUGAGAUAGCCUAGCGUUCGUUUUCAUCAAGAUCACAGUACUUGGUGUAGUGAUCGUACGAGCAAGAGUUGGGCUGUCAACGUUAAAAAGGUUACUGUAGCGCCAGGGAUGCUGUCAAUAGCAGGCGUUAUGAAAAGCUUUCAAGUUAAAACUCAAAGCACUUCAACUUCAAGUAACUAUAGUUUAAGUGGUACUUAAGUAAAGCUUUACCUUCUCUCUUUUGGAAUAAGUAUAGUGGUUCAGUAAAUCAUUCCGGUAAGCUGAAAGACAAACUCAAUUAUAUUAGAAAUAAUUAGCUAGUAAUUAUUUUCCCAUUUCAACACAGGACGAACCCUAAAU